AUGCCUCGUUAUGCUCAACUGGUGAUGGGCCCCGCGGGAAGUGGAAAGAGUACCUACUGCUCUACACUGAUCCAGCAUGCGGCAGCCAUAAACCGCUCUGUACAGGUGGUCAACCUAGACCCAGCCGCUGAACACUUUGAUUACCCGGUCAUGGCAGAUAUCCGCAAGCUCAUCAUGGCGGAUGACGUGAUGGAGGAUGAGUCAGUGAGGUUCGGCCCAAAUGGAGGGCUGGUGUUCUGCAUGGAGUACUUUGCCAACAACUUUGACUGGCUGGAGGAGAGCCUGGGUCACGUGGAGGACGACUACAUACUGUUUGACUGUCCUGGCCAAAUAGAGCUCUACACACACCUCCCUGUGAUGAGGCAGGUGGUAGAGCAGUUCCAGCAGUGGAAAUUCCGUGUCUGUGGCAUCUUCCUGGUGGACUCACAGUUCAUGGUGGAGACCUUCAAGUUCAUCUCUGGUAUCAUGGCUGCGUUGAGUGCCAUGGUGUCCUUGGAGAUCCCAACAGUCAACAUCAUGACCAAAAUGGACCUGCUCAGUCCCAAGGCCAAGAAGGAAAUAGAAAAGUACCUGGACCCUGACAUGUACUCAAUGAUGGAGGACAACUCUGUCACCGUUAAGAGCAACAAGUUCAAGAAGCUCACCAAAGCCAUCUGUUGUUUGAUUGAUGACUACAGCAUGGUGAGGUUCCUGCCUUUUGAUCGCACAGACGAGGAAGGCAUCAACGUAGUGCUUCAGCACAUCGACUUUUCCAUACAGUACGGAGAAGACUUGGAGUUCAAAGAGCAAAAGGAGCCUGACGAAGAGCCAGACAACACAUAUUAUGAUGAUUUCUUCCAGGACAAUGAAGAGGACUGA